UGUCUGAUCUGCACCAUGAGUCCUGUCCAAUCCCUCCACGAUCAUCUCGCCAACGAUUCGCUUCUCUGACGCUCCACUCCACCUCGUCUGCUUUGUUUACCUCGUUUCACAUUUUCAUUAGAGAUCAGACCUCGUUUCACCUUUAAAAUUAGGCACGAUCGCCCAGGCGCCUAUCUCAGCCCUCCUUUGUUAUGGCUUCAGCCUGUCAGACAAUAUGCUCAUACCUAGAGGUCUCCCAUCCAAGCUGGGGGCGAGACGGCCUGUCUCCACGGUGCGAUGCCUCGCAAAUCUCUCCCUGCUGCAGCAUCGACACCGCAGAGAGGUCCAGCCCCUCAACGAGCCAAUACAUCCGUGAAACGCUCGACGCGUCAAGCAUCGCCGACUCCGACCCGUCCAAAGAGACGGAGGCGAGGACAGGAACAUGCGAGUGAUGAGGAGGGCGAGGAGAAUUCAGCUUCAGUACGGGAAGUUGAAUCUGAAGACGCAAAGCCCGACGCAAACGGAAAGAUAUCCCUUGGACCGGAGAAGGAACUAGAAGCAUGGCAGGACUUUGCAGCUGAUCACUAUGAAAUGAUCGAGCAACUCCCUCUCGAGCUGCAUCGGACGUUCCGAUUGCUUCGAGAGCUAGAUGAGACAUGUGUUGCUCAAACAAACGACCUGGAGACGGUGAUCCGUAGAUAUAUUGCCAAACGGAUGGGUAUUCAGGCUGCCGAGAGGAUUGAGCUGGAGACAAAUGUUCCCGUGAUCGAAUCGGCAGCACCUAUACCUGACGGACAAGGUGGCUUGCUGGCCCCACCAGAUGGCGCAGAGGAGGGCACAGAGGAGGCUCUCGAAGUCGAGUCUCGGAGGGCGUUUCCUGAAGAAGGCAAAGGGCAAGAAGGUGAUGUGGAAAUGGAAUGCGACGCAGUCGGACAGGCGAAAGACCCGUCGGCCGAUCAAGGGAAAGAUGAGGAGGAGGGGAAAACCGAUACUAGAGCCAGUGAGCUCCUACCUGAUAUUGGGCGACUCGCGAGGGAGAUGGUUCGAAAUGGAGAGGAAAAGGUGGCAUUGGCAGUGGGAGCCUACAAUGCCAUUGACCGGCACAUCAGAGCACUCGACUCGGCACUCUCAGCACAUGAGGCGUCGAUCCUUCUCGGCUUGAGGCCUGAUACCAAUCCCUCGGCGGCUGUGGAGCCAGGGAUGGUGUUGCUAGAUGGCAUCGGCAAGAACCCAGGCGAGGAUCGGGAGCAAGUCACAAUAGGUAUGGGAGGAGGAACCGCGAGGAAGAAGAAGGGCAAGAAGAAUCAGGCGACCAAUGGCGCCUCAGAUCUGCCAGAUGCCACGACGGAGCUGCCUGGUCCAUUGUUCGAUCUCGAGGUGGAUCCGAACGAGCCAAGAUAUUGCUACUGCAACAAUGUGUCAUAUGGGCAGAUGGUUGGAUGUGAAAACGACGAAUGCCCCCUCGAGUGGUUCCAUCUUGGAUGCAUCGGUCUCACCCAACCACCCACUGGCAAAUGGUGGUGCAAUAUUUGCAAGCCAAAGACCGACGUCGAUCCUGGCGGUGGUGGAGGGCAGAAGCACAAGCAUAAACGGGGCAAGGGGUGGAGCAGCAGGAAAUGAGUCUGUAUGUUUCCUCGUUGCUUCUUUAUUUGGUACACUGGAUACAUA